GGAUGGUUUCUGCAGAGGGCGUUGUAGGAAAGAUGGCGGAUGCCAGUUAAAGGGCAUUGAGUGUUUAUAGCACGUGGAGCAGUGGUUCGUCGCACGCGUUUAAGCGAUGAAAGUGGAAUGGUUUGUCAGCGUCAUUAUUCUGGCUGUGUCUUUGGGAAUGGAAGAAGGAGACUUUUGUACCAAAGACGACGGACUCUGCUCCUCUAAACGUGACUCUCUUCUGAAGGAAAGAUAUCUACUAUAUGAUGUCAAUCCUGGAGAAGGGUUUAAUUUAAGAAGAGAUGUGUACAUGAGGAUAGCUGCUUUAGCUAAAAAAAUUAGAGAAGUAAGGUUACAAGAAGACUGGAUUCUUGUUCUUCCUCCUUGGGGACCACUGUAUCACUGGAAGAGUGAAAUUGCGGAGCCCCAGAUUAAAAUACCGUGGUCGGAGUUUUUUGAUCUUCGGAGUUUAUCAAAAUACGUUCCUGUGAUUGAAUUUGAAACGUUUUUGAAAGAAAAUGGUGAUGAAAUCGAAGAAAUAUUUUAUUUGCAACAUUAUGAAGAAGGUUGGACUGAAGGAAAAUGGGAAGAAAAAAUGGACAUACGCAAGUGUUUAGAAAGUCAUCCCUACAGCAAAAGCAAUGGAAUUUAUAGCGGUUGGUUUUGGGGUUAUCAGGAUGUGUACGCAAUUAAAUUUAAUUGUUUAUCUGUUCAAGGUUUUUCAAGUACUCUCUUGCCACUAUUCACCGGAAUGUCCAAAGCUAAAUCAAUAAUGAUUGACAGAGCUGAAGUCAUUUUGCAUGAUAAUUAUGGAGAUAAAAAUUAUUGGGAUAUUAGAAGGAGUAUGCGAUUUGCAUCCACCUUGAUAGAAAUUGGUAAUAAAUUUCGUCGCGAAUAUUUAAAUUCUUCUGACGACACAGACAAAACCAUAUUAGAUGAUGACUGGCAGAAAGUAAAAGCAAGAAAUAGUAGAUCGGCAAUGGGCGGUCCUUAUAUUGCAGUUCAUUUGAGAAGACAAGACUUCGUCCGCAGUCGACCGACGGAGAUUCCCAGUAUUAAAUAUGCAUCGGAACAGAUAACAAAGAUACUGAAAAAGUAUUCUCUAUUGAAAGUGUUUGUUGCAACAGAUGCACCAAAUUAUGGUUAGUAUGAACUUGAUAGAAUAUCAGUAUUUCAAAUAUAUAUACAAAUA